AUGACAGCCCGCGAAGAUACCGUCCUCCCUCCUAUCGAUCCCUCCAUCGCCGACGAGAAUGAGUGGCCCGAGUUUGACCUCAUCGAGGCGAAGGUCCUACGCCCAGGGAAGAUGCUGUACGCGAACCUGCUCGAAGCAUCCGAACAGAGCCCCGUGCAGGUGAUUGGCAGCUUGGAGUUGAAGAAAGCGCAGGAACAACUAUUACUUAAGCCAGAAGCGCCGAACAACCGCGUCAUCAUCGAUAAUGUCACUCACUAUGCGUAUGGCCAGAUGGAAGACCGCAGUGUGGAGUUGUGGGCUGCUGGCAAGGCCGGUUGGUACAAGAUUGCACCGGCCAAGGGCUAUCUACCACACUUCAAUCGCAUGGUCCAAGCCGUCGAUAUGUUUUAUUUCUUGAUGGACAGACACCAGCAUGGUAGGAAGCAACUCAAUCCUUCGUUCAAGAACCUCUGCGAGCAGUAUGUCUUCCACACACAUGGCACUUGCGAAACACCCAAGCAAUCGGCAGAAGUAUUUAUGGAGCAUUCGUCUUUCUUGCUCCGCUGCAUGAUUGAAGAAGAUGAUGAUGGAGACGUGGAGUGGAGCAAGACGAACGUAUUUGCGCACCUCCGUCGCCAGUUCAAGGAUAAAUAUAAAACUCUCGUGGACCUACAUUCACCCCGAAAGACAGACCCGCACGGACCCCGAGUAGAGUCGCAAGCAUCAACCCCACGCCACGACCCGACUGCUCUUGCCAAAUCACAAUCAAAUGCUGUUUACCAACAGAUAAUCGAACUCAAAGAAAAAGGGUACUUGGCCAAACGUCGACUUAACAUUGGCCUUUUGACAGAACGCCUCGCGGAAAAGUACUCGCUCAGCAAUGAGAAUGUCCACAAGAUCAUUGCUGCGAGAGCAGGUUCCGUCCUGGAAAUGCUAGAGGAAGAAGAAACUCCUAGCUUCAAAUGGUCACGAUAUGUCAUCCAUCGAGAGCUCACCGAUGCCGCCUCACAAGCCGAUCCUCUUCCUCCCACCCUGCUUACGCCUUUACAAUCGGUCGAUGACUCUAGCGAUGACGAGCGGCUGGAAAGAACGCACAAGUCUGUUCUCCGCCCCAAGAUGACAUCUGUUGUUUCCCGUAAAGUUAUGGGAAAACGAAACCGCAAUACAAAUGCAGACCAGCAAAAUGGGCACUCUGACACGAACGAUGCCGAUGAUGAUGACAAUGAUGACGACGAGGAUGAAGUCAUGCGAGAUGUCGAUACCCCCAGCAAAGUCCGUGGUCAUGAGUUGAUCCGAACUCCAUUGGCCUCUGCCAAACCACGACCCUUGGCAACUUCGUUCCUCGGUAACCCGCAAUCGGCAGCCGCAUCUCUUCUGAAAAGUGUCCUCUCGGCAGAGACACCACCAACACCGCCAGUUAUCUCUAAUACGACAAGCGGGAAGCUAGACUUUGGUCAAGGGACAACUUCAAGAUCAUCUGUCGCACCAAUUGGCUUUGAUGAGCCUGAAAUUUGGACAUGUCGAAUGCCUGGCUGCCCCAAAUCCAUCUCUACCAAAGGAAACGCGCGCAAGAAGGAAAUUGAGGAGCACGCCGGGGAACAUGACUGGGAGACUCAGAUGCGUGUUGAGCUGGUUGAAUCCGAGCGACGCAUGCACUCCGCUUUCCCCGUCAGCAAUCUGAUGCAGUACCUGGUCAACCAGCAUUACCAGCAGAUGCGAGCCGCAUUCCCAGAAAUCUACCCUCCUGAAAAUACGAACAGCAACACCAACACAAACGCUGAAACUACGGACGGAACGACUGAGCUCCCUGGUAUCUCUGGCGACGAGGAUCAGCUUCCAGAGCUAGACCUGAGAGUGAACGGACACGCAACCUGA